AUGACUGGCCGGCGCCCAUCCACAAAAUCCGACAACGACCAACAAGGAAACGGAGCACGGCCUGCGCCACCUGGUGGCCACCCCUCGAGAUCGACCUCCUCCUCGCAAUUUGGGGCUGAUACCACCGACCCUUCGACUGUAGCGCCAGAUUUCCAGUCGCCGAGUAUUCAAACCACAUUCCGAGUACCCGAGUCGCCAUCACAGCGAGCACAAGAUGCCUCAAAACAAGCCAAAGUCGCCAUCCCGAGGCUCAAACGUACCGUAGACGAUCAAGGGGAAACCAGCUCAAGAGACUUCAAGAUCGCGUGCUACUAUGCCGAUGGCAAACGUGAUCGCGUCAAGAAGCAGUUUGGGUCUAUGACCGAGAAGGUGGCCGACUACGAGAAGCUGCUCAAAGAUCUUGCCACCCGGGUCGGUGAAGCUGAUGCGAAGCUCAUCAGAGGCACGCUGGAGAAGGAGACGUCAUAUGAGGCCGAUGAUCUCAAUAGCCUACAAAACUCGACAUUGCAGUCCAUUGAGCCGGUGCCUGAUGGCGAGGAGUCAGGUGCUGAGUCUGAGGCUUCGGGCGACGCUGGAUCGACUGGCGCGCUAGAUCGAACGGAUGAAGACUUUACGAGAGAGGAGGCGAGGCGGACGGGCUUUAUGGGCAAGAACAGUGAGAUUACCUGGCUGCAGCGGCUGAAGUACGAGAAUCAGGCUGGCGACGAAGCCCAGUCACUGUUUGGGUCUAAGAAGAACCCUGGAGACGACUCUGCACCACUCCAGGAGACCGAGACCGGCUACAAGGUCGGCGACACUUCGUAUCAUCUCGAUGACUUCGCUGUCACCACCUUCGAGGCGGUCGACCCGUACGAGUACCCUACUCCGGACGUCGCUCGUCACCUCUUCAAUGCAUACAUGACACGCGUUCAUCCUACCUUCCCAAUAGUCGGUAAGGCGAACCUGACUACCCAAUUCAACAAGUUUGUCUCUGGCCAGGUCCAGAGACCGCCAGAGAAAUGGCUAGCAAUCAUCAACAUGAUCUUCGCGAUUGGAGCCAAGUAUUCACACCUGACGCAAGCAGAGUGGAAGGGCGACGAACGCGAUCAUCUCAUUUAUUUCACAAGAGCGAGGCUGUUAUCAGUUUCCAGCGACACGCUUUUUCAGCAUCCAGACUUGCAGUCGAUUCAAAUCAUCGGUCUGAUUUCUCUGUAUCUCAUGUGCAUCAGCCAAAUCAAUCGCGCUUGGAAUAUGAUUGGUCUGGCGAUUCGAUGGGCAACUGCUUUGGGUCUGAACAUGCGGAACGAUAGUACUGAGCUGAAAAACUCUCUGAAGGAGAUUCGUUAUCGAGUAUGGUGGGCGCUGUACUCACUUGAGCACCGAUUAUGUUCUAUGACUGGCCGUGUCAACUGCAUAUUGGACGAUCAUUGCACAACGCCACUUCCUGUACCAUUGGAGGAGCAUAUGUUUGAUACGGAUGAGGGAGCCGGCCUCCUCAGCAAAGAGACACAGCAACGAUCCCGCGCACCUGCUGCCAACUCCCACUCCCCGAGUAAUGGCGGUAGCAGCAAUAACUCUGCUUCUCGAUCACGGUCCACCACGAAGGGCAAAGGCACUCCAUCAGAAGGACAGUCGCCGUCUAAUAAGGAAAAGAAUGGUGAUCUACAAUGGGCCAGUCAAGUCCAGCCGAAUGCUUCGUUGUACUUUCUGCAUCUGGUACAGUUAAUGCGAUUGACACAAAACAUCUUCCAAGAGCUGUACAAUCCCACAGCCAUCGAGGGCACCUGGUCCGACAUUCAGGCCGUUAUUCAAGGCCGAGACGAGUCGCUCGAAGCCUGGUGUCGCAAUCUGCCUCCAUCUCUCGAUCCAAAGCGUAACCAACGCGACCGCGAGUUCUACGAGUACCGCUUGAGUCUCGGCUUCGCCUACUACAGCAGCAAGAUGAUGACCCAUCGUCCAUGUCUGUGCCGUCUCGACCGCAAAAUCCCUCACCAGUCGAACAAGUCUCUCGCUUUCAACCGCAAUUCGGCCACUAUGUGUGUCGACGCCGCCAAAGAUAUGUUGCGUCUCAUUCCAGACGAGCCCAACGCGGUCGGCCUGAUCAAGGUCGGACCAUGGUGGAACAUCCUGCACUGGCUCGUACAAGCCACAACCGUCCUGAUGCUAGAACUAUCCUUUCGAGUCCACCACAUGCCCGAAGAAGCACACUCGAUCCUCGAGGCCGCCAAGAAAGGCGUCCGCUGGCUCCACGCCCUCGGCGAAGACAACCUCUCUGCCCGCCGCGCAUGGAGCAUGUGCAACCGAAUGCUGCACGACGCCGCCAGCAAGAUCGGCCAAGAGAUCAACGACCUCCCACAGAACCCGCCUGGCCAUGAAGAGCAGCUCCAAAACCACGACUCGGCGAUGGGUGGAGUUAGCCAGCCUGCUUUCAGCGGGAAUUGGGGCGGUGGACAAAUGUUUCAGACGAGUGGGCCGAAUCAGUAUCCGACUUAUCCGCUGGAUCAGUUGAUGCAUUUCGACCAGUUCUCGGGGAUGGAUCCGAAUAUGCAGUUCAAUCCAAACAUGAAUAUGAACUUUGGGGCGACAGAUGCGGAGCUGGAGUUUAUGAGCAAUGCGUAUCACCAGGGGCAGGAUCAUGGAACGGAUCAUGCAAGGAGGGAGACGAGGAACUAG